AUGGCGGAAAAGUUGAAGAUUGUGUUAUUUGUCUCAGUUUUUUCAGUGUCUGUUAUCAUAUCAUCUUCCUUUGCUCAGCAAGCUUGUAACAAAUAUUCCUUUUCUGAUAAUCGUGAAUAUUCCUCCUGUAUUGAUCUACCUGUGUUGAACUCUUUUAUCCAUUACAACUAUGAAUCUUCAUCGGGGAAGCUUGAAGUGGCGUUCAGGAAGACGGGGAUGGAUUCUUCUGGUUGGAUAGCUUGGGCCAUUAACCCUGCAGCAACCGGCAUGGUUGAUUCUCAGGCUCUGGUGGCUUACCAACAAGCCGAUGGAAAAAUGAAGGCUUAUACUUCGCCUGUUACUGAAUAUAAAACGAGUUUGGAAGAAGGGAAGCUGAGUUUCGAGGUGUCAGAUUUGGAGGCAAAGCUUGAGAAGAAUGAGAUGACUAUUUUUGCUACAAUGGCGGUUGGGAAAGGCAAUACGACAGUGAAUCAAGUUUGGCAGGAGGGUCCUGUUUCUGAUGGAGUUCCGCAAAUGCAUAGUACUAGUGGUGGAAAUGUUCAAAGCAUGGGGAAAUUGAAUCUUCUUUCUGGUACUGCUUCAUCUUCUGGCGGUGGAGACUCCAAAACAAAACAGCGUAAUAUUCAUGGGAUUCUGAACGCGGUUAGUUGGGGUAUUAUGAUGCCAUGUGGGGCUUUUUUUGCAAGGUACUUGAAGGUGUUUAAAUCUUCUUUAGGGCCACUCUGGUUUAGCCUCCAUGUUGGUUGCCAAUUAUCAGCAUAUAUUAUCGGUGUUGCCGGAUGGGGAACAGGUCUCAAGCUCGGAGCUGAAUCCCCUGGAAUUGAAUAUUCAACCCAUAGGAAAAUUGGCAUAGCCCUCUUCUGUCUUGGAACACUUCAGGCUUUUGCAUUGCUUCUAAGGCCAAAACCAGAUCACAAAUACAGGAUUUUCUGGAAUAUCUAUCACCACACAUGCGGAUACACAGCCUUAAUUCUGAGUGUUGUUAACGUGUUCAAAGGAUUCGAAAUCCUGAAACCGGGGGAUGCCUGGAAGCAAGCUUACAUUGGGAUUAUCAUAGCUUUGGGUGCCAUAGCUGUGAUGUUGGAAGCUUUUACUUGGUUUAUAGUGAUCAAGAGGAAAGAGGGGAGAGCAUACUGACAAGAGAUGCUUGGAAAUGGAGCGACUGGAUAGGGUGGUAGAGGGCAUCAAAACAAGUUUGGUCAAUGAAUAUUUCCUCU